CAAAUCAUCAAUGGCCAGGAACCUUUAGCAGACACACUCUGCUGCUCCCACCCACACACAUUUUACAGAAGUUAAAAGUUCCUUUUUCAUUUUACUCUCAAACAGCAGGUCCUUGUUUAUUUCAUUUAGCUGAAGGCCUCUUACAGAAGCUAAGGCCAAAAGCUCAUUCUAUACAAUAAGAGAGAGGGAAAUAUUCGUUUGGUUUCGUUGGGUGAGAGGAAAUUUUGAAACAUUGUGCAAUGGUGCCGCAAAAGUUUUGAAAGGUUGUGAGAGCGUUUUGCCAACAAGAUUCGGUCUGCUGGAGAAAAGGUCUCCAUGUUGCAUCCAUACAGAAUGGAGAGCUACCUCAUCCCUCCUCACACAGAUGAAAUGUAUGAGCCUGACAUCUACAGGCAUCCAAUUGAGUACUAUAAUCCAUAUGUACUAGAUGCAGACAUCCAGGCAGAUCACUGGGACUACCACCCUCACCCUCAUGUGCACCCGGCAGAGUUUGAAAACCUCCAAGAGAGCAACUUUACAGAGCUGCAGAGUGUACAAGCCCUCCACCCACCAGGCCUCAUACGACACGACACCAUACGAUACGACCCAGAAAACCUGCUCGAUUCCAGUCUUGGUGCUCAUCCACAUGUGUUGCAGCAGCCAAUUUUUAAGCAGGACGGAGCCAGCCACAACAAAUUCUGCACUUACUACAAAAGCAUCAACAGCAUGGUGCCGUUCUUCCCUCGGACCGUAUAUGCCCCUCAUGUGUCCCAGCGCAGCUCAGAUGAUGAGGAUCAUGGAGGGAGAAGUCCCCCACUAGAGGUGUCUGAUGAGGACUGCUUAAAUGAUCGAGCCCCUUAUAUCACACCAGGAGAACUGGGCAGUAAGAAGAAGAUCCGUCUGUACCAGUUCCUGCUGGACCUUUUAAGGAAUGGUGAUAUGAAGGACAGUAUCUGGUGGGUUGACAGAGAAAAAGGGACAUUCCAGUUUUCUUCCAAACACAAGGAGGCACUCGCACAUCGCUGGGGGAUACAGAAGGGAAACCGCAAGAAAAUGACAUAUCAGAAGAUGGCUCGUGCCUUACGCAACUAUGGCAAAACUGGAGAGGUGAAAAAGAUCAAGAAGAAGCUGACAUACCAGUUCAGUGAUGAAGUUCUUGGGAAGAGUCAUAUUGAGAGAAAACAAUACAUUUAGGCAGAGGGAAUCAUUUCUGGGGCAACUGUAGAUACUUUUUCAACUCUGCUCAUCCGGCAAAUAGCAUUAUAUUAAAGGCAUGAAUCUCUUGAAGAGAAACCCUUCUUCCUAAUAUGUUUGGCAUAUCUUGUGUUGAAAGAGACACAUUCUCUUAAUCUGUGCAUUAAUCUACUGCGUACUGUGUUUGUAUAUAGCCUAUUGACGUUACAAGUUGAUAUUUAAAAUUGCCAACCUGCCGAACUUUGAGCAUCUAUUAUGAUUAGGUAAGACACUGUCCUACAUGCUAAAUGUAUUUACAAUAAAGGAAAUUAAAUUGUACAAAUAAA